AUGGACACCUUAGUCGCCAAGUACUCCGGCUCUCCAUAUCAAGAUGACAUGUACUCCGAAGAACAACAGCGCGAGCUUACACAAUGUCUUCCUCCGUUAUCGCUCAAGUUCGAUCUUCCUCCUAUCGAAAAGCCAUCUUCAUUCCUCCGCGCCAUGACAGAUGACCAUUCGAACCCAAGUGCACCUAUCAAAUUGGCUCACGGAACGACAACCUUAGCCUUCAGAUUUCAGCAUGGAAUCAUUGUUGCUACAGAUUCUCGAGCUACCGCAGGUAGCUGGAUUGCUAGUCAGACAGUGAAGAAGGUCAUUCCAGUCUCACGACUGAACUUGGCUUUGGACAAGGAGCAUGAUGGCCCCGUGCCUGGGUUGCUGGGAACUAUGGCUGGUACUGCAGCUGAUUGCCAAUAUUGGUUGAGAUAUCUGGGCGAGCAAUGUACUCUCCAUGAACUCAGACAUAAGCGCCGAAUCACAGUCGCAGCAGCAUCUAAAAUUUUGGCCAAUUUGACAUACUCUUACAAGUCGAUGGGCUUGGGUAUGGGAACUAUGCUCGCAGGAAUGACGCCCCAAGAAGGCCCGGCACUCUACUAUAUCGAUUCGGAUGGUACCCGUCUUCCCGGAAACCUUUUCUGUGUAGGAUCCGGACAAACAUUCGCCUACGGUGUUCUAGACGCUGAAUACCGAUAUGACCUGAGCGAAGAAGAAGCGCUGGAACUCGGCCGACGAAGCAUUCUAGCUGCUACUCACCGUGACGCAUACUCCGGUGGAUACAUUAACUUGUACCAUGUCAAGGAAGAAGGAUGGGUUCACCAUGGAUUCAAUGACACCGAUCCGAUCUUCUGGAAAACCAAAUUGGAGAAGGGAGAGUUUACGAAUGUUACAGCAGAGGUGUAA